UUUUGUCAAGCAACAUUUGUCUCAAACAAACGGAAAUUCAAAAAGCAUGCUUUUCGUCUAAACUAAAAACCCCAACAUUAUUUUUCAAGCAUUUUUCGCCUUGCUGCUUUAUCUAAAUUUGCUUGCCAUCCCCAAAUAUGUCUCAAACUCCCUGUGGAAAAUGCACGGCAUGUCCGUGCUCGACUGCGUCGAAAAAGGAUAAUCGUGCGGCCGAGCAGCAAAGACCGCCGCCCAAAAUUGACUGCCAGUGUGCCACUCGCCGCCAACAAUCGCCCACAGCGCCAGUUCAAGCGCCACUGGCUGAUACCAUCACCUGCGUGCGACCAAAACCGGAGCCAGUGCGUCAAGUGCCGAUGGAAGAGCGCUGCACAUGCCGCAUAAAGCCGGAUCCGGUGCAGUGUGAAUGCCCGGCACCAGCUCAACCACCCGAACGCACUGCGCAGGAGGUAAGAGCAGCUGCAGCUCCUCCGACACAUCAGCAGGUUAUAUGCGGGCAACAGCCACAAUCGCAAUAUCAUCAGCCGCCGCAGUACACGCCAGUGGCAGCAGCACAGUGCGGACACUGUCGAGCUCAGAAGAAGAAAAAGAAGUGCAUCAUACAGUGAAGAGAGAAACGUGGCAGUUUCAAUCCACAAAUAGGUUCUACAGCUAUGCAAGUUCGCAGCAGCUAGUGGAAAGGGAAAUUACAACACAGGUUCCACUGUUAGAUGAAGCAACAGCGUCCACAAUAAACGGCAGCCACACGUAUUGGUAUUGUGGACUCUGGAAGCAUAGCAGGCUUUUUCUAGGAUGGCAAGUCACAACAAAAAAACAUUUUAAAUCUGUUAGCAUUGAACUUCUCGGAAUGAAAUAGUAUCCAAAAAAAAUUUAAUAAAAAAUGAAUUACUGAAUUUCUGAACUCGACAAAAUUCAAGUGUUCUCUAUUUCAAUCCGUUUUACUCCACCAGUUAACCUUAGCAAAUGGCGGAGCAGAGCUCAAACGUUCGAAUUGCCUCAGGCGCUGGAAAGUGCUCGUGCAAUUCACGAUCAGAUGACAAAGAGAGGUCAGGAGCUCAGAAAUCGAGUUGUCUCUGUCCUCCACCGACACCAGCAUCGAUGCCGGCGCCAGUUAUGCAUUGUGGAGGUCCCACGGGCGCAAAUUGUGCAGUCAGAAAUGGUCCGGCGCCUCAGCCCACUUAUACAACACCGAAGCGGCAGGGACAGUGCAGCCAUUGCAGGGGGAAGCAGGGAAAGAGACGCUGUAGCAUUCAAUGAAAUCGCAGCAGGCGUUUAAGCAG